AUGGGCGAGCGGCUCGAGGAGCACUUGCAGCAGGCGGUUCGUGGCAUGCUGCUGCUGCCUGAGGGCAAGAUCAGCUCGCCGGUCGUUGUGGCGGGGCAGAUCGCGGACCUCUCCGCAGCGCUCGCGCUGGCUUCCCACCAUGCCGGCAUCGAUUUGCGCGCGGCGCUCGAUAUUACCAUGGGCCGGGAGUCGCCGGCCGCACCGGCGUGCUGGCUCUCAGCGACGACCUCGCCACGCUCGGCACGCGCGUCGCACGCGGCGAACUUGCGGUCGGCGCUGCAGUUCAACCGCGAGCGGCUGCAGCGCGCCUCGGAGGAGUUCGACACGUCGCGCGCCCUCUCUCCCGCCGACGGGAUGGUCGAGAUGGAGAGUGUCGCCCGCAGUUUGCACCGGCUCGGCGUCAUCCUCGCCGCGCGGACGAUCGUGCUCGCGGGGGCGCGCGACGCGCGGGCCGAGGUGAUGCCGCACGCGGUGAGCGAUUUCGUGAGCGUGCUCGGCGCGCAGCAGCUGCCCGACUACGCCCGCGCCUCCUCGCUGCCUCCGGUGGCGCGCCUGCUGACCGAGCACGGCGCCGUCGGCGACAGCAUUGACCUCGACGCGGACCUGCUCGCGGAGCUCGGCGCAAAGUGCGACCUCAAGACGGACCCUGCCCUGUGGCGGCUGCUGCCGCAGCUGCUCGCCGCCUCGCUCCAGCUGCCGCCGUGGUCCUCCCUCACCGCCGACCUCGCCUCCGACGCGCUCCCAAACAACCUCCACACCGUCGCCUUUGCCCUCCACGCCCUGCUCUCCAUGCACGCGCGCGCCGCGGCGCACACCGACGAGGCGGCGGCGGAGCCCCUGGUGGCGGGGCGGCUUCUGCUGCUCGAGCACCUCGCCCGCCUCGCCUCGCCGCUCUCGCCGGCGGCGCUACUGCACGACGUGCUCCCGCACGGCCUCACCGCCACGCACAACGCGCAGGCGUGGCAGGCGGCGAGCGGUGCGGAGAAGAAGAACAGCUUCCCGAGGACGGGCACGGGAGGCAAGCGAGCGUAG